UCAGCAAGCGGCGGCGGCGGCGGCGCCCGCGGGGACAGAGGGCGCGGAGCCGCGGGGCCGCGGAGCUGCCCGGCCCAGCCGAGCCGAAGAGGCGGCCCAGACAAGCGGGACCGGAGGGGCUGGCUCCAGCGCCGCAGAGCGCGGCGGUCAGCGGGGAGGGCCGGCGGCCGAGGCCAGCGGCUCCCGGGCCAGCGCCAUGUCCUCCACGGUGAACAACGGGGCGGCUGGCAUGCCGUCCCCGCCCGACGCCGCGAACGGCUUCCCGCAGCCCGGCGCCUCUUCGGGGGCCUGGCCGCGGGCAGAGGACGAGCUGCGCGCCACGGAGCCGGGCCUGGUGAAGCGCGCGCACCGCGAGAUCCUGGACCACGAGCGCAAGCGGCGCGUGGAGCUCAAGUGCAUGGAGCUGCAGGAGAUGAUGGAGGAGCAGGGGUAUUCGGAGGAGGAGAUCCGGCAGAAGGUGGGGACAUUCCGGCAGAUGCUGAUGGAGAAGGAGGGAGUGCUCACCAGGGAGGACCGGCCUGGGGGCCACAUCAUGGCGGAGACCCCGCGGCUGACCGAGGGCGCCGAGCCGGGCCUCGACUACGCGCCCUUCGACGAGGACGACGGCCCGGUGGACUGCGACUGCCCGGCCGCCUGCUACCGCGGGCAGCGGGGGUACAGGACCAAGCACUGGUCCAGCAGCUCGGCGUCGCCCCCUCCCAAGAAGAAGAAGAAAAAGAAAGGCGGCCACCGCAGAAGCCGCAAAAAGAGGAGACUAGAGUCCGAGUGCAGCUGCGGGAGCUCAUCCCCGCUGCGCAAGAAGAAGAAGAGCAUGAAGAAGCACCGCCGAGACAGGUCUGAUUCUGGGUCCCGGAGGAAGAGACGGCACAGAUCUCGAAGCCCCAAGAGCAAAAGAAAAGAAAGGAACAAAGACAGGAAGAGGCCUCACACGGAGUCCCCAGGCCGGAGGUCCCACCGCCACAGCAGCGGCAGCUCCCACAGCCCCUCCCUCUCCUCCCAGUACAGCGAUUCCAGAUCACCCAGCAGGCUGAGCCCCAGGCACCGAGACGACGGGCGGAAGACAGGCAGCCAGCGGUCCAGCGGGAGCCAGUCGCCUUCCCGGUCGGAUGGCAGCGGAUGGGGGUCGCCCCAGCAGAACGGCGGCAGCAGGCAGCGGAGCGGAGCGCACGGGGGCCGCCCGGGCUCGGCGCACAGCCCGCUCGAUAAGCCCAGCUCGCUCUCGCCCAGGGCCCGCGACAAAGCGGCGGCCGCCGCAUCCACGCCGCCUGCGCGGGGAAAGCAGAGCCCGAGCCCGCGCUCGGCGCCGUCGUCGCAGGGUCGCGGAGGCCGCGCGGCGGGCGGGCCGCGGCGCUCGCGGUCCUCGGCGUCCGCGCCCCGACGCAGGGGCCGCCGGCGCGCCCGGCCCGCGCCCCCCCGGGGCUCGUCGCGCUCGGUCAGCAGGGCCCACUCCAGCAGCGACUCGGGCAGCGGCGGCGGCGCCCCUGGCCCCGGGCCUGAGCCCGGCUCCGAGCGAGGCCACGGCAGCCACGGGAAACGCGCGAAGGAGCGGCCCCCGCGCGCGCGGCCCGCCAGCACCUCGCCGUCCCCGGGCGCGCACGGCAGGCGCGGCGGCCCGGAGGGGAAGAGCUCGUCGCGCAGCCCGGGCCCCCACCCGCGCUCGUGGAGCUCCAGCCGCUCGCCCUCCAAAUCGCGCUCGCGCUCGGCGGAGAAGAGGGCCCGCAGCGCCAGCCGCUCGCCGUCACCCAAGAAAAACCUCGGCCGGGACAAGGACGGCGAGGGCCGCGCGAGGCACGCCGAGGCCGAGGCCGCCCGCGCCCGGCGCCGCUCCCGCAGCUACUCGCCCAUCCGCAAGAGGCGCCGGGACUCGCCCAGCUUCAUGGAGCCGCGGCGCAUCACCAGUGCCCGCAAGCGUCCCAUCCCCUACUACCGACCCAGCCCCUCCUCCUCUUCCAGCUGCUUGAGCAGCGACUACUCCAGCCGAAGCCACAGCCACAGCCCCAGCCCUGGCCACAGCCACGGAAGCUACAGCAGUCGCAGUCGUGGGACCCGCAGCCAUACGCGCAGCCCCUCCCGGACCCCCAGUCCCAGCUACCACAGCCGGAGCAGCUCUGAGAGCGGGGGCUUCUGA